AUGGGUGCCGCCCAGUCGACAACGGGUAACAACAACCCGGCGAGCUCUGGCAACACCAAUAACACCCCAGCCCCCAUCGUGAUCCAGCUACAGCUGGGAGCAGAGCAACUCUCCGCACUCACCGGAGCUGUUGCCCCAGGGGUUCACGUGCAUGUGCCCCCCAGUGGGUCGGAUGCAGCAGGCGGAGCUAGCACGACUCCAGGAGCUGCCCCCCAUGGUGCUCCUCCGGUACCGUUUCCGCCUCCCCCGCCUCCAGCGGAAACUGAGCAGUAUCUCAGGUGGUGCAACCGCUGCAAGCAGCAGAGCUACUUCAGGGAGGGCAUCUGCCUGAACGAAUGGUGCUCCUUGGCUUGGUCGCGGCCAGACGUGGACUUGAACGUGGCGAAGAACUGGGGUGGAAAGAAAGUGGAGGCUUCGGUGCUCAACCACGGAGUGCACAAAGCAAAGAAAAACCGCGGGCAAAAGCGGAAAAUCUGGUGGCAAAAGCACCUGGAAAGAAAGGCCGGCAAGUGGGGCGGCGACUAUCAGGGCGACGAUGAGGAGAAUAAGGAAGAUGCGGAGGAAGGCAAGGCCCCUCCUCCUGUGGAUCCAAACCACCAGCCCCUGGGCAAGAAGGACGGCCCCGACGAUGACCACCACGAUGAUCCGGGCCGCACAGUGGAUUCAGCAGGAUCGGCAGGAUUGCCGUAUAUCUACAUGCCGAACUGCGGGGACGAUGUGGGGCCCGACUUCACGGACUAUGUCGUCGAGGUGGCUGUUGCUGUGGUGUCGUUUGCUGGGAAAAUGAAUGGCCGCAGCUUGGGUGCUGUUGUUGCCUACAAGCAUGCAUAUGUUCUGCCGUCACUCAUGGGAAAGCCAGCUGCCAAGAAGGCCAUGGCCAAGGCGAAGAACGGUCCCAAGGCAGCACCCAAAGCCACUGCCAAGGAGCUCAAGAAGCAGGAGAUGGAGAAGGCUGCUAAGAAAAAAGAUCAAAGCAACUUGGUCACUACCCUCAAGAAUGCGAAGACCAAGCUCCAGGGAGUGCAGAACGGCACGAUUCAGGUCAGCGACGGCGAGCUGGAAAACCUCAAGAACAAGGCCGAAUUUUUCGAUCGCUAUGUGAGCUUGGAUCGCAAUGAUCCAGAAAAGGCGCAAAUGUUGGCUGCCUUCUUGGCAGACAAGACAUGCAACAACUACAUGCAGAAGAUUCGGGAGAUCUCCACCGAAACGAAAACCGAGGAUGAAAAGGCUUCGGGAUUUGUGACACAAUGGGAGAUUGCCGCCAAAGAGAACCUUCCGGUCGACAGCCCGCUCUUGCAGAAGUUGUUGGACGGUCUCAAGUUCGACUACGAUUGGAACGAAGCGGUGCCCAGAGAAAAGGUUUUCAAGGAGGCCGGUGAAAAGCGAUUCUUCUAUGAGAAGAAUGCCAUGACAACCGAGAAGACCUCCUUCAGCUCCAAGUCCGGUAUCACCGCAGCAGGAGAUCUCGGCAAGAAGAAGGCGGACUCCUUCUUGAACGACAAGGACACAAGCACCGCCGACCCCGCCGCCAAGGUGAAGAUCGAGUUCCCCUUGCAUGUGGAGUUGGUCUCGAGCGUGAAAGUGCUGAAGAGCGGCAAGCAGAAGAUCCAGAAGGAGCUCAACACAGGCAAGGACUUGUGCCAGAAGCUUGCCACCGGCGGCGGCUACGACACGACCGAUCUGGCCAAUGCGAUUGACACCUUCGACAACUACCUCGCUACCCUGAGGCAGCGGAUCGCAACUGCCGAGGAGGUCCAACCUCCUGAUGUUACCAAGGAAGUGGUGGCUGAGCUAAAGGCAGAAAUCGAUAUCGCCGACACACAUCUGGAUGCCUUUAAGAGGGUUUCAGGUGAAGCUGCUUGGAUGCAGCCAGAGCACAGGAAGACUCCGUGGCAGGCACUCAUGGCUGCUCCUAGCAUCAGUCCCAUUUUCGCAACACCGUAUGUUGGAACUGAGUGCAUCCAAAUGGAUUGGUUGCAUGUGGUGGACAUAGGAAUUGCUUUGCAGUUCCUGGGAUCCAUAAUGAAGUACUUCUGCUCGAAGUUUGAAGGGACGUUUGACGAGCAGGUUCGAGAAAUGUUCCGCUGCAUUUUGGAGUUCUAUGAUGUCCAGGCCGUGGAAUAUAGGUUGGAUCAUCUAAAGCCUUCAAUGAUCAAGGAUCCUAAGAAGAAGUUCCCCAAGCUUAGAGCAAAAGCUGGGGAAUCGCGAUGCCUGGUGCCUUGGGCUGCACAGAUGGCUGAUGCUCUUAGGGAUGCUGACAAUGAGGUGGAACAGACCAUGUACAAGUGUGCCUGGCAUUUCAACAAAUGCUAUGAGCAACUGAGUAGCAGAACGUUCGAUGCUGCUGUUUUGGCCGAGCAUGGAGUUGCAUUCGCAAAUCUCUAUGUCGCUCUGCAUGAGCACUUCACGGUGCAAGGAGUCUGCCUCUUCAAGGUGACUCCUAAACUGCAUCUCUUUUGCGAAAUCAGCUAUCGAGGCCGGGAUUGCCCCAGUGUGCACUGGUCAUACCGAGAUGAGGAUUGGGGCGGGAAGAUGGCUAUUCUUGCAGCCAGCAAAGGAGGAGCCAACACCCCGAAUGCCUUGGCCAAUGCUUUCUUUUCUCGUUUCACCUCGGGGCAUAAA